GACUCUGUGACCGUGACUCAAAAAUCGAGUUUCCCAAAGUCAGCUCGUGCUCCUGUGUUUGCCCAAGUUUUGAAAGUGUUGUUCCAAACCCACUCAGUCGAUAAAAGACGCAUAGUACCGGCGAGAAAGUUUAAUGAAUUUUGAUCGCAGCCCUGGUUGGAGUAAAUUCCCAUAAGAUAAUCUGUAUUACAACACUCUUUUUGACGCAAGUGGGGACUUACUCUCACUGUUCAGCCAGGUGCUCAAGAUUCUCUGGAUUCAUUCGUAUCGAACGGUGCUCAGUUAUAACACGAAGAAUUUUUAUUUUAAUAAAAAAUCUUAGAAAACAUUAUUUGGCAAUAGUUAAAAUACUAUGAUGGACAACAUGAUGGAUACUAUGCCUCAACUAAAAAUGAAAGAAUUUGACUGGAGAGUUCAAGCCUCCUGCGAUGAAGACAUCAUGCCGAGUACUGAGCAAAUUUUGGGAAGUUUAGGAUCUUUUGGAAUUGGAUUGAUAGUGAUUUCUGUAAUGAUAACACUAGUGACACUCUACCUCUCUGCUGAUGCAGUUUACAAAAUAUUUUUUCAAAAAGAAACAAGGUCCUACAAGAAAUACAGUGCAAUUAUACUCUCCGUAUACCCAAUUGCCAGUCUCUGCAGUUUACUAGCUAUAGCUAUUCCCAGGGCUCAAAUUCUGUCAGAGGCUUUGACUCAAAUCUCGCUAACGAUAGCGUUAUUCAGCCUGUAUCUGCUUCUAAUCGACGUUGGCCGCAGAAAGGUCACGAAGGCACCACCAUUAAUGUUAAAUGUCUUGCCGUGUUGCUGCUGGCCCUGUCUGCCCUUCCCGGCCCUUGAGAUGACCGAGACCAAUUUGUCCUGGCUUCGGAUUUCGGUCCUACAACUUCCUAUCGUUCAGACUUUGGUGUACAUCGUUAUUCUUUUCAUGGCAAUGGAGGAACCAAUGCUCGUGACGCAGUAUGGCACUUUCCUGCAAACAUUUGCAGUAAUUAGUAUACUUCUGGGAAUAUAUGGACUGACCAUUACCACGAGAAGUCUGCAGGAAGUCGCCCCAGAGACCAACCUACGACGAAAGACUGUAGUAUCUCAAAUGGUGUUGCUGUUUUCCAAGCUCCAGGGAUUCAUCAUCAAAAGCAUAGCGAAUUGGACAUCGCUCUUCCCUUGCAGUCCUCCUCUCUCGCCGAACGCCUACGCUAGUGUUACGUAUAACGCCCUGAUGGUAAUCGAAAUGCUGAUGCUUUGCUACGCGGCUCGGCUGAUAUACAUAGAGGAGGAGAAAGAAGAUGAUGCCUCUGCGACAGAUCGGAUCAAGGAUAGGACAGGACCAGUGGGUGUGACAAAUAACAACGAGCAACUUCCCGUCCAUCUAGCUGCUUCCACUGCCUGAAAAUCUCAGGAAAUUCUGAGGCAAUAUUUAAGUUUCAUCGUCAUCGAAUGGAAAUGAAGGAAUUCAUCAAUUCAUAAUCAGAAAGGAACCCAGUCGAAGACACAUGACAUGGAGCGAAGAAAGGCGUUUUGCGUGGGUCGUACACAUAUGCCUGAAUAUUUUGUCUUCUCAUUAUCCUCUUCUUUCAACAGCAAUUAUGUUACCCAGUGGAGUGUAAAAAAUGUGUUCAAAGUAUUCGAAAGACCGAAAUUAUUUUUUAAAUUCGUUAGACAAGAUAGGCUUUGAUGAUUUUAUUUUUGUAAGAAAUAUUUUUUUUUAGGACUAUUGUUAUAAGAUAUUUAUUUGAUAAGAAAAUGUUGUUACAAAAUACUUUGGUUAAUGAAAAGGCAUUGUUGAAAAUUGUGCACUGCAUUGUAAAUAAUAAUACCAAAUGUAUUACCAAA